CGCAGCUGAGCUCCGGUGUCGGUGUCUCUGGUGUCGGUGUCUCUGGUGUCGCUUUUCGCAUUAAAACUUGCCGUGGGCGUCGCAUUAAAAGGUGCUCAAAGUCAAACCAGUCCAGGGUUACAGACAAAAGAAACACUGACAUGGCCCCGACACUGUAUGAUGAGAAACCAGAGGUCGGAGACUUGAUUGAGAUCUUUCGGGGCUCCUAUCAGCACUGGGCUGUGUAUGUCGGCGAUGGCUUCAUUGUUCACUUGGCACCACCCUCUGAGGUCCCGGGGGCCAGCGCCAACAGUAUGAUGUCUGUCCUGACUGAGAAGGCCAUGGUGAAGAAAGAGGAGCUGUGGGAUGUGGUGGGAACCAACCAGUGGAAAAUCAACAACAGCCUCGACAAGGAGUACAAGCCCCGUCCGGCUCACGUCAUUGUGAGGGAGGCCUGUGCGCUGGUGGGCGAGGAGCUGCCGUACUGCGUCUUCAGGGGGAACUGUGAGCACUUUGCAAACGAGCUGCGCUACGGAAAAGCAGAAUCCCGGCAGGUGCGCAAAGCCGGCGAGACCGUCAUGGUGGCGGGUGUGGCUGCGGUGGUGGGUCUGGGUAUCAUGGCUCUGGCAGGAGCUUUGUUCGGAGGCAGCAAAAAAGAAAACAAGAACACACAGUGAUGAGAGUCCCGGGUCGCACGUUCAGGAGCUCAGUUAACAGAUCACCAGCAAAGCCUAAUGAUACUUAUCACGGUCGCUCACAGAAAACUAAUUAACAUCUGAGAUUUAGCCAAAAAAUGUGAUUUCUGUCUUGCCUAAUUAACUUUACCUCCAUGUGUCCCUCAUGCCUUUUUUGGUUUGAAUAUGAAGCUGGUUGGUUCGGGAUCAAGGCUCUGUAGUUUUCAGACUUUAUAAAACUUGUAACAACAGCACACUCAAGCACAACAAACGGUUUUUCCACUAAUGAAGCUGCCAAGAUGAAAUGUGUUUUAAUAUUUUAAUAUAAAGAUUUUGAAGAUGAAUGUAGAUAUUUUGGGGAUUUUGAGGGAUGUGAGAGGUUUGAGGUCUUUUCUAUUGAUAAAAUGCUAUGCUGAUAGUUGCUUAUGGAAAAAUAUUAGCUACUUAAGUCAAACCAGGGUAAAAAUAUUUUACAUAAUCAAAAUAAGCUAAAUAUGAUGAUGCUGUGGCUUCAUCUCACAGAGAAGAUCUAACGAUAAAUGCACUACAGCCUACUGUUUGUAGCGUGAAUCAUGUGGAUUGAACUACAGAUUUCUGAUGACAUUUAAUCUCUAAUGGAUUCUCAAAUAGAUUUAUAACACUUUGUCUUCCUAUGACAUUUAAUUGUUUGUAACUGUUUUGAAUAAAGAAUAAUUUGUGUGAUUCUG